AGAGAAGGGGGCCCGGGGGAAGAUUGCGGGUUUGGGAGGAGAACUGGGGUUGCAAAUGGACAGAGGGACUUAGAGACAGGCUGCAAGUCCGCGGGAGAAGCAAGCCGUGCCGAGGCGCCAAAGAAGCUGCCUGUUUGACCGCAGACUCUGCUCUCACCUCGAAGUCUGUAUUCAGGAUGGCUUAUUUGGACAGUGCCAGGUGGGAGUGGGGCAGGCUCAGCCCCUUUUGCAAGUCACCUCCCCAGUUCUUCAACGCUUACAAGGUGUGCUCCGACAGCUCAUGUCCCAAGGAUUGUCCUGGCAUGAUGACCUCACCCAGUAUGUGAUCUCCCAGGAGAUGGAACGCAUCCCCAGGCUUCGCCCCCCUGAGCCCCACCCAAGGGACAGAUCUGGCUUGGUGCCCAGGAGACCUGGUCCCGCUGGGGAGCUGCUUUUACAGGGCAUCCCCACUGACUCCGCCCCUGCUGCCCUGCACCGACUUCCUCGACCUCCAGUGGGUGGGGAUGGAGCUGGGACUGGCUCCUCCCUGUCCCCUCUGCCAGCUGAGCUGCUGUCCCCUCUCUUAGAGCAUCUGCAGCUGUCCCCGCAACCCCCUCACCCUGCCCUAAGUUAUGAACCUACCCUGCUGCAGCCCUACCUAUUCCAUCAGUUUGGAUCCCGCGAUGGUUCCCAGGGCUCAGAGAGCUCCCCAGGGAUGGUCAGUGUUGGCCCCCUGUCCAAGGCCAAACCCCCUGCCCUCUUCAGCAGAUCUGCCCCCAAGGGCAUGUUUGGGGCUCACCCUAGCCACUCCUAUGGGGACCCUCCAGUGUCUUCACCUGCUCAGCUUUUCCAGGAGUCAAGUCUGUUCUACCUGGCCCAGGAGCUGCCAGUGCCCAGCAGGGCCAGGGCACCAAGAUUGCCAGGGCACCAAGAGCAAGGAGACAGCAGCCAGGCAGAGGACUCCUUGGAGGGCUAUGAGGAGGAAGGGCUAGAGGGUCUUGGGAAGAAGCCUCCUUCCCCAGCAGUGCAGCCAGACGUGACUUUGCAGAGACUGGCAGCUGUGCUGGCGGGCUACGGGGUGGAGCUGCGUCAGCUGACCCCUGAACAGCUCUCCACUCUCUCGACCCUGCUGCAGCUGCUGCCCAAGGGUGCAGGACGAAAUCUGGGAGGGGUUGUAAACAUUGGAGCUGACAUCAAGAAAACAAUGGACGAGCAACCGCAGGGUGGAGACAUAGCGGAGCCUGCGCCCCCUACACCCACCCUGCCUGGAUACCCCACUGCCUACCCCACCUCCAAUAAAGCCCAGCAGGUGCUGAGUUCUGGAUCCUCAGAGCCCCCCAAAGCUGCUGGCCUCCCUGCCAUGCCUGUCCUGAUGGAGAAGAAAAGUCCACUGGACCAGAGCCAGCCCACGGUGGCGGGGCAGCCUUCAGCUCGGCCAUCAGCAGAGGAGUAUGGCUACAUUGUCACUGACCAGAAGCCCCUGAGUCUGGCUGUAGGAGUGAAGCUCCUGGAGAUCCUGGCUGAGCAUGUGCACAUGUCCUCAGGCAGCUUCAUCAACAUCAGUGUGGUGGGACCAGCUCUCACCUUCCGCAUCCGGCACAAUGAACAGAACCUGUCUUUGGCUGAUGUGACCCAGCAAGCUGGGCUGGUGAAGUCUGAACUGGAAGCACAGACAGGGCUCCAGAUCUUGCAGACAGGAGUGGGACAGAGAGAAGAGGCAGCUGCGGUCCUACCCCGACAGGCCCGCAGUGCCUCUCCCAUGCGCUCAGUGCUGCUUACCCUGGUGGCCCUGGUGGGUGUGGCCGGGCUGAUGGUGGCUCUGGCGGUGGCUCUGUGUGUGCGGCAGCAUGCUCGGAAGCGGGACAAGGAGCGCCUGGCAUCCCUGGGACCCGAGGGGGCCCAGGGUGACACCACAUUUGAGUACCAGGACCUGUGCCGCCAGCACAUGGCCACAAAGUCCUUGUUCAACCGGGCAGAGGGUCCCCCGGAGCCUUCGCGGGUGAGCAGCGUGUCCUCCCAGUUCAGUGACGCAGCCCAGGCCAGCCCCAGCUCCCACAGCAGCACGCCGUCCUGGUGCGAGGAGCCGGCCCAGGCGAACAUGGACAUUUCCACGGGACACAUGAUUCUGGCAUACAUGGAGGACCACCUUCGGAAUCGGGAUCGCUUGGCCAAGGAGUGGCAGGCUCUGUGUGCCUACCAGGCCGAGCCCAACACUUGUGCCACCGCCCAGGGAGAGGGCAACAUCAAAAAGAAUCGUCACCCGGACUUCCUGCCCUAUGAUCACGCCCGCAUCAAGCUGAAGGUGGAUAGCAGCCCUUCUCGGAGUGAUUACAUCAACGCUAGCCCCAUUAUUGAGCACGACCCUCGGAUGCCAGCCUACAUAGCCACACAGGGCCCGUUGUCCCAUACCAUCGCAGACUUCUGGCAGAUGGUAUGGGAGAGUGGCUGCACUGUCAUUGUCAUGCUGACCCCGCUGGUAGAGGAUGGUGUCAAGCAGUGUGAUCGCUACUGGCCAGAUGAGGGCUCCUCCCUCUACCACAUAUAUGAGGUGAACCUGGUGUCUGAGCACAUCUGGUGCGAGGACUUCCUGGUGCGGAGCUUCUACCUGAAGAACGUGCAGACCCAGGAGACGCGCACGCUCACGCAGUUCCACUUCCUCAGCUGGCCGGCAGAGGGCACCCCGGCCUCCACCCGGCCGCUGCUGGACUUCCGCAGGAAGGUGAACAAGUGCUACCGGGGACGCUCCUGCCCCAUCAUCGUGCACUGCAGUGAUGGUGCGGGGCGGACUGGCACCUACAUUCUCAUCGACAUGGUUCUGAACCGCAUGGCAAAAGGAGUGAAGGAGAUUGACAUCGCUGCCACCCUGGAGCAUGUCCGUGACCAGCGACCUGGCCUUGUUCGCUCUAAGGACCAGUUUGAAUUUGCCCUGACAGCUGUGGCAGAAGAGGUGAAUGCCAUCCUCAAGGCCCUGCCCCAGUGA